AUGGAGACCGAGGCCCGGUCGGCGCGGCCUCCCGACGUUGCCAUGGAGACAACUUCAGGGCUGAGGCUCGCGGGGCUCGGCGGCGCGGCGGCGCUGCUGCAGCCUCCGAACCCCGCGGAGCCGCCGUGUGAGGCCCGGGCGGCGGCGGCGGCGGCGGCGGCGGCGGCGGCCCGCUGGGAUCUUCGCAAACACUCCUUGCUCAUCGCGAUCGGCGACAUCGGCACCGAGAGUCAGCUGCGGGCCGUGCGGGCCCACCUUGAACAAGGGAUUCUGUCCUGGAAUAUUGACCUAUCGUCCUUUGACUUGAACCAACAGUUGAGACUCUUCAUUACCCGGCACCUAGCUCACUUCUCAUCAGAGGUCAAAGGCCAGAGGACCCUCUGCCAUCGGAGUGAGAUCCUAGAGACCGUCAUCCUGGUCAACCCAAGUGCAGACAGCAUCAGCUCUGAGGUUCGCCAUCUCCUUAGCAGUCCAUCAGCUCACAAACUACUGAUCUUAAGCGGACAAAGUUUAGAGCCUGGGGGAGACCUCCUUCUCCAGAGUGGUACCUACUCCUACCAAAACUUUGCCCAGGUCCUUCAUAGCCCAGAGAUUGCCCAAUUGCUCAGCAAUAGAGACCCCGGGACCCAGGCCUUCCUCACUGUGUCCUGCUUAGGGGAGGGUGAUUGGAGCCACCUGGGACUAUCCAGUUCCCAAGAGACCCUGCACCUUCGGCUGAACCCUGAGCCCAUGCUACCCACCAUGGAUGGUGUGGCCGAGUUCUCCGAGUACGUGUCUGAGACCGUGGAUGUGCCAUCCCCCUUUGACCUGCUCGAACCCCCCACCUCAGGGGGCUUCCUCAAGCUCUCUAAGCCUUGCUGCUACAUCUUCCCCGGUGGCCGCGGGGACUCUGCCCUUUUUGCUGUCAAUGGUUUCAAUAUCCUAGUGGAUGGCGGUUCUGAUCGCAAGUCCUGCUUCUGGAAGCUGGUGCGGCACCUGGACCGCAUCGACUCGGUACUGCUCACGCACAUUGGGGCAGACAACCUGCCAGGCAUCAAUGGACUCCUGCAGCGCAAAGUGGCAGAGCUAGAGGAGGAGCAGUCCCAGGGCUCUAGCAGCUACAGCGACUGGGUGAAGAACCUCAUCUCCCCGGAGCUCGGAGUGGUCUUCUUCAAUGUGCCCGAUAAGCUGCGGCUGCCUGAUGCCUCCCGAAAGGCCAAGCGCAGCAUCGAAGAGGCCUGCCUCACGCUUCAGCACCUGAACCGCCUGGGCAUUCAGGCCGAGCCUCUGUACCGCGUGGUCAGCAACACCAUUGAGCCACUGACCCUCUUCCACAAAAUGGGCGUGGGCCGGCUGGACAUGUAUGUCCUCAACCCGGUCAAGGACAGCAAGGAGAUGCAGUUCCUCAUGCAGAAGUGGGCGGGCAAUAGCAAAGCCAAGACGGGCAUUGUGCUGGCCAAUGGGAAGGAGGCUGAGAUCUCAGUGCCCUACCUUACCUCUAUCACGGCUCUGGUGGUCUGGCUACCAGCCAACCCUACCGAGAAGAUUGUGCGUGUGCUCUUUCCAGGAAAUGCACCUCAGAACAAGAUCCUGGAGGGUCUGGAAAAGCUCCGGCACCUGGACUUCCUGCGGUACCCUGUGGCCACACAGAAGGACCUGGCUGCUGGGGCUGUGCCUGCCAACCUGAAGCCCAGCAAAAUCAAACAGCGGGCUGAUAGCAAGGAGAGCCUCAAAGCGGCCCCCAAGGCCGCAGUGAGCAAGCUGGCCAAGCGGGAGGAGGUGGCGGAAGAGGGGGCCAAGGAGGCCCGCUCGGAACUGGCCAAAGAGUUAGCCAGGACAGAGAAGAGAGCGAAAGAGCCCUCCGAGAAGCCCCCAGACAAGCCCGCCAGGCCCGAGAGGGCGAGGACCGAGUCGAGUGAGGCCCUGAAGGCAGAGAAGCGAAAGCUGAUCAAGGACAAGGUGGGAAAGAAGCACCUUAAAGAGAAGAUUUCAAAGCUAGAUGAGAAAAAAGACAAGGAGAAAAAAGAGAUCAAGAAAGAGAGGAAGGAGCUCAAAAAGGAUGAAGGGAAAAAAGAGGAGAAGAAGGAUGCCAAGAAGGAGGAGAAGAGGAAAGAUACCAAACCUGAGAUCAAGAAAAUCUCCAAGCCGGACCUGAAGCCCUUUACGCCGGAGGUACGUAAGACCCUGUACAAAGCCAAGGCCCCUGGCAGGAUGAAGGUGGACAAGAGCCGGGUUUCUCGUGGGGAGAAGGAGCUGUCCUCUGAGCCCCGGACACCCCCAGCCCAGAAAGGGGCUGCACCGCUCCCCACUGUCAGUGGGCACAGGGAGCCGGCUCUGUCCUCACCAGAGGAUCUCACACAGGACUUCGAGGAGAUGAAGCGUGAGGAGGCUGAACAGAGGGACACGGGACUAGGAGAGAAAUCACUGCCUACAGGCACGACAGCGGGGGAACCCCCAAGCCCAGCCGUGCAGGGCACACAACCCACCGUCCCAGAAGAGCAAGUGUCCAAGGGGAAGGAGGUCACCCCAGACAUCCCCGAGAAACAAGGCAGCAAGGACAAAGGCCCAGACCCUGGGGCUGAAACAGAGGAAGAAAAAGAUACUUGGGAGGAAAAGAAGCCAACGGAAACAGAGAUGCUCCCAGAUAAAGCUGAAGCCAGAGAGGAAAGUGAACCUGAGGUCAAGGAGGAUGUGAUAGAAAAGGCUGAGGUGGAAGAAAUGGAGGAGGCUCACCUUUCAGAGGAGGAGGAAGAGGAAGAGACCAAGGCUGAGAAUUUUUACCAAAAACAUAUGCAGGAAGCCUUGAAGGUAAUCCCCAGAGGCAGGGAGGUCCUCGGGGGCCGGGACCUGGGACUCCAGGGCAAGGUCCCCGAGCGGGAGACCUCGUCGUUCCUAAGCAGCCUGGCCGCACCUGCAGGAGCCACUGAGCACGUCUCUUAUAUCCAGGAUGAGACGAUCCCUGGCUACUCAGAAACCGAGCAGACUAUCUCGGAUGAGGAGAUUCACGAUGAGCCCGAGGAGCGCCCCGCUCCCUCCAGGUUCCCUCCAAAUAUGUAUGACCUCCCCGGUCCCGAAGGCCCGGGCCCCUCGGAAGCCAGCCAGCCGCCACCGAGUGCUGUUCCUGCUGCCUCCAGCAAAGGCUACGGAGCACCCGAGGCCGAACUCACCUACCCCCCCAACAUGGUGGCCGCCCCUUUGGCUGAAGAGGAGCACGUGUCUUCCGCCACUUCCAUCACCGAGUGCAACAAGCUCUCGUCCUUUGCCACCUCGGUGGCGGAGGACCAGUCGGUGGCCUCACUCACAGCUCCUCAGACCGAGGAGACAGGCAAGAGUUCCCUGCUGCUGGACACCGUCACCAGCAUCCCCUCCUCCCGCACCGAGGCCACGCAGGGCUUGGACUACGUGCCGUCGGCUGGCACCAUCUCACCGACCUCCUCGCUGGAAGAAGACAAAGGCUUCAAGUCACCACCCUGCGAGGACUUCUCCGUCACUGGGGAGUCAGAGAAGAGAGGCGAGGCGAGAGGAAGACGCUUGACUGGGGAGAGAGCUGUGGGAGAAGAAGAGGAGAGGGCAAACGUAGAGAUAGCUGGAACCCCAGUGUUUGGUACCCCUGGGCAAACCCUACACCCAGGAGAAGCGGCCAUUGGCGAAGCGGAGGAGCGGUGCCUUAGCCCAGAUGACAGCACAGUAAAGAUGGCUUCUCCUCCACCAUCUGGUCCGCCCAGUGCCACCCACACUCCCUUUCAUCAGUCGCCAGUGGAAGACAAGUCUGAGCCCCAGGACUUUCAAGAAGACUCCUGGGGAGACACUAAACCUACACCAGGGGCCGGCAAGGAAGAUGCUGCAAAGGGAACGGUCAAGCCGGAGCCUGAAGAGGGCACGCUAGAGGAGGAGAGGGCACCUCCUCCCAGGAGCCCCCCGGCCCAGGGCACACCCGUCGGCAUUGCAGAGGGACACACGGGCUGUACCAUUCAACUGUUGCCAGAACAGAACAGAGCCAUCGUUUUUGAAACCGUGGAGGCAGCAACUGGGCUCCUAGACCCAAUUCUGGGUACAGAAGCCCUUCCCAGUGAAUUGAGGACACCGCUCCAGGAACCUGGCGAACCUCAGAAAGAUGAGGCGCUCCAAUUUCAUGACCGAAGCCUCUCCCCUGAAGAUGCAGAGUCCCUGUCUGUCCUCAGCGUGGUCUCCCCAGACACUGCCAAACAAGAGGCCACUCCCAGGUCUCCCUAUGGCUUGACUGGGCACAAAGGCCUCUGGCCAGAGGCCUCUCCAGAAGACACCCAGUCCCUUUCCCUCUCCGAAGAGAGUCCCAGCAAGGAGACCUCUUUGGAUAUCUCUUCAAAACAACUCUCUCCAGAGAGCCUUGGCACCCUCCAGUUUGGGGAGCUAAGCCUAGGAAAGGAAGAAAAGGGACCACUCAUGCAGGCUGAGGACACGUCUCAUUUCCAAGCUCCUGCAUCUAUCCCAGAGCCCCAGGCUGCCACCAUGUCCCCUCCAGCAGAUGGGACCACUCGAUACACCACACAGGCCGGUAUUACAGAUGAGAGCCCUGAUGGAAAAUUGCACGCUGGCUCCUUCUCUCCCUCUGCCCUGUCAGGCGAUGGGAACCACUCGCCUGGGGCGAUCACAAGCCCUGGUGAACACAUUCUGACAUCCCAUAGCUCCUUCACCAAGAGUCCGGAGUCUUUGUCAUGCCCUGCCAUGGAGGGCAUUGCCGUCGAGUGGGAAGGUGAGACUCCUGGCUUGAAAGACAAAAAGCCAGAGCAGAAGGAUAAGGAACCCGAAUCAAAGGGUGGAGUCCCACAGCAGAAAGACCACCUUUUGCAGCCGAAGGGUGUGGUAGAGCAGGAGGACAUGGCCACCAGUCAGAAAGAUGAGGUGCUAGAAGAAAAAAUCAAGGUUGUGGGACAGCAGGAUAAGACUUUAGAACAAAAAGACAGAGACGCAGACCAACAGGCGGCGGUUUUAGAGCAGAAGGAUAAGCCUCUGGAAUCAAAAGACCUAGCACAAAGAGACAAGGCCUCAGAGCAGAAGGACAAGUUCCUAGAAGAGAAAGACAAGGUUGUAGCACAAAAGGACACAGCCCCGAAACAGGACCAGGCCCUUGGACCAAAAGACAAAGGAGAGAAACACAGAGAUUCAGAACAAAAAGACCAGAUGCUAGAACAGAAAGAUCAGAUGCUAGAACAGAAAGAUCAGAUGCUAGAACUGAAAGAUAAAGCCUUAGAACAAAAGGUGCAAGACUUUGAACCUAAGGACAAGGCUCUAGUGGAGAAGGUCCUUGAAUUAAAAGGUGAGGCUCUAGAACAGCCAGACAGAACCCUGGAACAGAAAGACAAGGUCCAGGAACAGAGGGAUGAAGUCUUAGAAAAGAAAGAUCAGGUCUUAGAACAAAAAUAUUGGGCCUUAGGAGAGGAUAAAGUCCUGGAACAAGAAAAUAAGACUGUCGGACAGAAAGACAAGGCUCUGGAGAAGGACAAAACUCAGGGGCAGGAGAGCUUUGUGCAGGAAGAUAAACCCAUGAAGCCAGAGGGGGCAAUCCUAGAGGAGAAAUCUCCAGAAAAGGCCAAGGCUGUGGGGCCAAAAGAAGAUGCUGUUCUGGAGAAAACCAAAGCUCUGAUGAUGGAAAAGAGCCCAGUGCAGGAAGGCAAGGCACAUGGACAGGAAGAAAAGUACCAGACGGAGCCAGAUGUGCUCCAGGGGUGGCGAGAAACAACCCCAACCAGAGGGCAUCCCGUUGGAGAGCAGAAAGAGCCCGUCCCGUCGUGGGAAGGCACAUCUGCUGAGCAGGAGGUCAGGUAUUGGCAGGACAGAGACGUGGCCGUGGACCAGGACGCAUACUGGCGAGAGCUGAGCUGCGAGAGGAAGGUCUGGUUUCCCCACGAGCUGGACGGCCAGGCGGGCAGCCCACGGUACACCAAGGAGCGCGAGAGCACCUUCCUCGACGAAGGGGCGGACGAACAAGAAGGGCACCGAGCGCAGCACGCCCCCCAGAGCCCUUGGGCCUCGGACUUCAAGGACUUCCAGGAGAUCCCGCCGCAGAAGGGGCUCGAGGUGCAGCGCUGGCUUGCCGAGUCGCCAGUCGAGCUGCCACCCGAGGAAGAGGACAAAAUGACACCUUCUCCCUUUGAGAUCAUCUCCCCUCUGACCUCCCCACCUGAGACGGUUGGACAGAGGGUUCCUCCCGCCCUGGGACAAGAGAGCCCCGUCCCAGAGACGAAGCCCUUGCCACCCACGAGGAACGAACCCACCACCCCCUCGUGGCUGGCCGAAAUCCCACCCUGGGUGCCUAAGGAUAGACCUCUGCCCCCCGCACCCCUCUCUCCAGCUCCAGCUCCCCCCACACCUGCUCCGGAGCCACGUGCUCCCGCGCCCUUCUCCUGGGGCAUGGCUGAAUAUGACAGUGUGGUGGCUGCGGUGCAGGAGGGGGCGGCGGAGCUGGAGGGGGGCCCCUACUCCCCGCUGGGGAAGGACUACCGCAAGGCUGAAGGGGAAAGGGACGGAGAAAGCGGGCCGGCUCCUGUGGAUCCAGGCAUCAACCCGUAUGGCUCCAAAGUCCCCGAGGCCAGCGAGAGCCCCGCCACCACCAGGGAUGCCGAACAGCCCGAGCCCGAGCAGAGAGAGCCCACGCCCUACCCCGACGAGAGGAGCUUUCAGUACGCCGACAUCUACGAGCAGAUGAUGCUGACUGGGCUGGGCCCUGCCUGCCCCACUCGGGAGCCGCCCCUGGGCGCCGCUGGGGACUGGCCCCCGCGCCUCUCCACCAAGGAGGAGGCUGCCGGCUGGAACGCGCCCGCAGAGAAGGAGCUGUCCUCUCCCGCCUCACCCAGGAGCCUCCCAUCCGAGCCGCCAGCCUUCAGCUACGCAGCCCUGGCGGGGCCCGCCGCACCUCCCAGGCAGGAGCUGGAGCCCGGGCCGAGCAGGGAGCCCAGCCUCACCCCACCUGCCAUUCCUCCCCGCGCUCCCAUUCCGCUGGGCAAAGGCCAAAGCCCCCCUCCUCUGAAUGGUAACAUUCUGAGCCGCAGCCCCGAUAGGAGGACCCCAUCCCCCAAAGAAUCAGGCCGGGGUCACUGGGAUGACGGCACUAGCGACUCGGAGCUGGAGAAGGGGGCUCGGGAACAGCCAGAGAAAGAGGUUCAGUCCCCAAGUCCCCCUCACCCCACCCCUGCGGGUCCCCCAGCGCUCUGGCCGGAAACCAAGGCGCACACCAGCCCUCCCUCAGACUCACCCCUGGGUCCUCCCCGGCCCAGCCUGGACUUCCCUGCUUCCGCCUUUGGCUUCUCCUCCUUGCAGCCCGCUCCCCCGCAGCUGCCCUCCCCAGCCGAACCCCGCUCGGCACCCUGUGGCUCCCUGGCUUUCUCUGGGGACCGAGCUCUGGCUCUGGCUCCAGGACCCCCGACUAGAGCUCGGCAUGAUGAGUACCUAGAAGUGACCAAGGCCCCAAGCCUGGACUCCUCCCUGCCCCAGCUCCCAUCCCCCAGCUCUCCCGGGGCCCCGCUCCUUUCCAGUCUGCCGCGGCCCGCCUCGCCAGCCCUGUCGGAAGGCUCGUCAUCGGAGGCCACCACCCCCGUGGUUUCCAGCGUGGCUGAGCGUUUCCCUCCAGGCCCGGGGGCCACCCAACGGGGAUCCGGAGAGCUGGGCCCAGGAAUGGAACCGUCCACCCACAGCCUCUGGGACCUCACUCCUCUGAGCCCAGCACCUCCACCUUCGCUGGACUCGGCCCCGGCCCCGGCCCCAGGUCUGCCUGCAGACAUGGAUGACAGCACCCUGCCCUGCCGCCUGGAGUGCCCAGGGGAAGCCACCAAGAAGCCAGGCCCCUCCCAGGGCCCCUCCGGGGACUGUGCGGCCAAUGGCCCGAGGGAAGCCAGCCCUCACCCCCCAGGCCCUGCCAUGGUGGAGAAGGAGAGGGCAGAGACGACGGCCUGCCCCGCCUGGGAACGAGGGGCCUGGCCCGAGGGAGCUGAGCGGCGCUCCCGGCCCGACACGCUGCUCUCUGAGCAGCCGCCGUGUCCCGGCGGCCCCACCACCUCGGGUGGCCCCCCGCGCAGCCUCUCCCCCGACGUGGGGCCUGGGCCCCAGGGAUGUGCUGCCGAGCCCCGGCCCCACCGUGGGGAGCUUUCCCCGUCCUUCCUGAACCCGCCUCUGCCCCCAUCCACAGACGACAGUGACCUCUCCACGGAAGAGACGCGGCUGGUAGGAAGAGGGGGGCGGCGCCGGGCAGGGGGCCCAGGGGCCACAGGAGGGCCAUGCCCCGUGGCUGAUGAGACACCCCCCACAUCAGCCAGCGACUCGGGCUCCUCACAGUCAGAUUCUGAUGUCCCCCCAGAAACGGAGGAGUGUCCGUCCAUCACGGCCGAGGCACCCCUCGACUCAGACGAAGAUGGGGACUUCUUGCCCGUGGACAAAGCUGGGGGGGUCACUGGAACUCACCAUCCCAGACCUGGCCACGACCCACCCCCUGUUCCCCAGCCAGAUCCCCGCCCAUCCCCUCCCCGCCCUGAUGUGUGCAUGGCCGAUCCUGAGGGGCUCAGCUCGGAAUCGGGGAGGGUAGAGAGGCUACGGGAAAAGGAGAAGGUACAGGGGCGAGUAGGGCGUAGGGCCCCAGGCCGGGCCAAGCCGGCAUCUCCUGCGCGCCGUCUGGAUCUUCGGGGAAAACGUUCACCCACUCCCGGUAAAGGGCCUACAGAUCGAGCCUCCCGGGCCCCACCCCGACAGCGCAGCACCACAAGCCAGGUCACCCCAGCAGAGGAAAAGGAUGGACACAGCCCCAUGUCCAAAGGCCUAGUCAACGGACUGAAGGCUGGGCAGAUGACCUUGGGUUCCAAGGGUGGCUCGGGCCCCCCUGUCUAUGUGGAUCUUGCCUAUAUCCCGAAUCAUUGCAGUGGCAAGACUGCUGACCUUGAUUUCUUCCGUCGAGUGCGUGCAUCCUAUUACGUGGUCAGUGGGAAUGACCCUGCCAAUGGCGAGCCAAGCCGGGCUGUGCUAGAUGCCCUGCUGGAGGGCAAAGCCCAAUGGGGGGAGAAUCUUCAGGUGACUCUGAUCCCCACUCAUGACACAGAGGUGACUCGUGAAUGGUACCAGCAGACUCAUGAGCAGCAGCAGCAACUGAACGUCCUGGUCCUGGCUAGCAGCAGCACUGUGGUCAUGCAGGAUGAGUCCUUCCCAGCCUGCAAGAUUGAGUUCUGAAAGAACCAACUUCCCUUCCCCGAGGAUCCGCUCCCCCAGCUCCUUUUAGAGAAUGGCUACUGCUGAGUCCUUUGGGGUUGAGGGAAAAGAGAGGUUGGGGAGGGGAAUGAUGUCUUAUGGGGAUUUGGGCUGGGCUAAAUGGGAGGUAUUGUUGCUCCUCUUCCCCCAUCUAUUCCUGAAGGGUCUGAAAAUCAAAGGUAACAGGGAUAAGAUAGGGGGGAGGGUAUAAAACUCAGAUAGGAGGUAAUCUGAUGCCUGAGAACCCUGGAGUGAUACCCUCUCCUAGCACUGCCAAAUGUUGGCACUGGAUGAGACGUGAGGAUGGGUCUCAGAGAGCAACUUCCUUCUUCAUGGAGGAAGGUCAUAUCCCUGACCCCAGGAAUCCCUUUAUCUUUAUUUAUUUAGCAUCCUAGGAAGGAGUUCCAAUAAAUUAUGGGAUCUGGGGGUAGGAGACUGUCAGGUAGGUGCCCAGAGCUGCACCCCUUCCUCCAUCUCCCAUCCCCUCCGCCACCAGGGCCUAGGUUCCAGCAGGGACCUGGGGGUAUACCGCUGCUACACUGUCCUAUUGCUUCCCUAAGUAUCUGAAUGUCUCAAUCCAAAACUUGAAGCUCUUUAGACCAACAGACUGGUGAGAGGAGAAAGGAGUUCAAUCUUCCAGCCCUUGCUUCAUACCAUUCAUAUUCCAGAGCCGCGCCCAGACCAGGCCAACUGGGCAGCACAAAAGGGCAAGGAGAGCCCCAGCCCCAAAUCCCAGAAUUCUUCCCAGUUCCCUGACCUCCUGGAGUUUUCGCCCAUCCCAUUCCAGUUAUCCCCAUCCCUUCUCAUCCCCUGCUUGGCUUCUCUGCAUGUGGUCAUCUGCUGUGGCCUGGUGUGUAAUGGGUUAAUAAGCCACUGCCUGACAUCCCAACAUUUGACACCUUAGCCAUGUGUGACUCCCCCAAACAUGCCCUUCUGCCAUCCUGCAGCUAAAAUGGGAAAGCUGGCUGCCUCUGCGAACCCAAACUCCCGGAUGGACCAUCUGGGAAACAGAGGCCAGGCCAGAGGACUUGGGGAAAAUGAGAGGGAGGAAGGAAAGAGGGAGAUGAAGCUGAGCUACAGCUUAACUCCUACCGAGCAAAGUGAAAAAGAUGCUGGAAAUACCACUCCAGGAGAGGCCCUGGCCCCAAGCGAGCCAGUGAGCAGCCCCGCCCAGACGACUGCUGGACUGAGAAACCCAGACGCUGAUAAGACAUCAGGGUUUGCCUUCUCCACCAAGCGACUGGGAAACCAAAUGAGCCCACCUUGUGUUCCCCCUAGCUCCCACCCUCCCUGUGCUGCUGCUGUGCUCUGCUCCUCCCUACACUUCCCUGCUAUAGUUCCCAGCUGCUGUAACAGAGCCGCCUCCAAGUCUAACAAUAAACCAAGUUCAUUGCAAAUGGUGUAGCACUGUAGGCUUU